GUGCGCGUGGCUGAUUCGCUGUGGUGUUAAAAAGUGCACCUUUACUGCACCGGUCAGUCUUUGGUGUACUUAAAAUCAUUUGGUUCGAAGCCAGCAUGUGUUAGAUAAGUUAAUUAGUUGUGUCUUUUGGUAAUUGUAGUGCUAAGAUCGAUUUUAGCACCGUUCCUAGAAGAUCGCCAUGACUGAUGAUCUACCAGAGCUACUGUUCUUCGAUACGUUCUCUCACGAUGGCUAUGAGCAAAAUCUUGAUUUGGUGCAGUUUCCAAAACCGGUUUUCAUCACGGAGGUACGGAUUAUUCCGCUUGGGGCACGCGUGCAUGCAGACUUUCCCGGUGGCGUCCGUCUGGGUGCCACAAAUCCAUCCAACUUUAACAUCGAGCUAUUUGUAAAUGAUCUCAGCAAACCGGGCGCUCCAGUCUUUGAAAGCCUAGGAGGGCUUGAUUACAAUCAAAAUAAUUGUAUUCAUCUGGAGUGCGGUAUUGGGUAUGGUGAGGAAUUUGUCCGUCGCAUUCCGACCGACGGUUUGGUAUUGAAAGGAUGGUAUACUACGCUAACGCUGGCCGUGUACGGCAUCUUGACGACCAACAUCGCCGAACCGAUCGUUUCUCCACGAGAAACGACCCCACAGCCGAACGAAUUACUGAACACCAUCGUGGUGCACGACCAUCAUCACCAUCAUCGAGUUCAUGCGGGAGAUGUGAUGGUAAUAGGAGGCGUGGGUGGAGGUAUCGCGGAGCCCGGAUGCGUUGGCGAUUGGAUUCAGGAACCGCCAAUGAUACAACCGAACGAAACAGUCUUUGUGCAAAAAGAAUAUCCGGACGAUGACAGCGAGGAUGCUCCGAAAGAUCCAAGACCGUAUGCUAGACGUGUUGCGGCAGCUGCAGCAGCCGCUACUAUUGUGGCAAGUGCUGCCAGCCCACCGGAACCGAUCUACGAACCACUGGAGGCUGGGAAAAUCCUUCCAGGGGAAGAUUUGAUACCGGAGAAGCGUUCCAAGUGUCACGGCAUUGGAUCGGGUCGUUCAGUCGAUCAUCAGAUCCACCCGUCACAAUACGUGUACGAUCUAUCGCCACGGGUAAGACGCCACAGUAGCCGGGAGGAAUUUUCUUCCCGUUCACCGAGUCUGUGCAAGGAGUAUGGGCCUGUUCCGGGCAAACAACAGCACUCGCGCGAUCAAUGGUCUCGCAGUCCGGAAUGUGUUGAGCCAGCACACCCACCACUACCGCCCUCUUCCUCGCAUCGUUCGCGAAGAUUACGGAGCGAUUCAUUCGAACGAUUACGCCGCGAACCAUCAUUUGAGCGGCACGACAAGGAAAGCCGACGAAGGCCACAUUCGCCGCUCGAGUCGCCGCUUCGACCGCGCUCUCCGGAUCGCAAUGAAUCGUCGCCGGAUGAAGACGACGACAUGGAUGGUAGCUUUGACCGUGGCAGCUUCAGGCGAUCCAUCAUGGUUGAUUCGGCAGAUUCCCUCGCUCAAACACUGAAACAUGCACCGACUGCGGCCGGCAGCUCUGUUCGCAGUAGUGGCGCGAUGAAUGUGGGAACACCACAUCACCACAAUCAUCAGUGUAACCCGCAGUGGCAAUCCCAUCACCACCAGUCGCACCAUCGCCACCAUCAUCAUCACCACCAUCACCAUCAUCACAACCACCACCAACAGCAGCAGCAGCAGCUACAGCAGCAUAAAGAACUGCAUAAGCAUCAGCAACCGGCACUGCCACCGCAGCUGGGGCCGCUCGGUUCCGAUCGGGAAAUUUUAUCGCCCCCUCCAGCCGCCUCCGAACCGGCAGUCUGCGUAACACCCGUAGCAUCGCCCACCACGAGCGUUCCGAUGCAACCGGAGGAAGAUAAUGUGUCGGUGACGGAGCAGUUUGAGCCAAUUCUGAGCGAUGAAGAAAUUCCGGAAGACUUCGACUUCGAGAUGGAUGAUUACGAUUUUGCUGACGAAUACGGCAAACAGUUCAAUCCGUACACGGCCGUCCUCGCGCGGUACGAGCGUGCCGAAGAUCCGUUCGGCCGAUUAGGCUCCGUCGAGCAGAAGAUGAUCAAAACCGUCGAACAUUUGCUCGGCCAGAAUCGCUACAGCCGCGCAGCGACAAACGAUUUUCUCAACGAAUCCGCCGAAUGGAAGGAACGCUUUGUGGACUAUGCGGAGCAACUGGUGCACAGCUUCCAUCAGCUGCUUGCCAAAGACGAGGCGCGCGAUGCAUUCCAACACCUGCUGGAACGAUGGAUUGCGGCCGGAUGGUGCGGCGUGGACAACCUGAUUAACUGCAUUCGCGUCGGGCUUGAUUUCGAACGAGCGAUGGGUCAGGUGCAGCCGGCGUACAAACUGCGACACAUGAAGAGUGCGAUUCGACUGGCCGAAUUUCUGGGCCCCUACGAGAGUUUCAUGCGCCUAGUGCUUGCACAAGACGAUUUCAACCUGUUCGAUCGCUUCCUGGGACUAUACUCGCAGCACUACAUGGCACUCUCGAUCAAACUGAUCAUCAUUCGGUCGAUGUACGCGUGCCUUGACACGCGUUACGCGCUCCACUACUUCCUAUCGCCGUCGUACAAUGGGUUUCAGAUUUUGCUCGACCUAGUGAAGGAAAACCCGUCGACCCGGAUCAGCUUCUCCUUGAAGUCGCUCAUGCGCAAAAUCAUGCUGUACGAAAACUUGGAGCUCAUUCACGCCACCGUUAUGAAGCUGUACGAUACCGUCGAUGAGUCCAACGAACAUUUGGACAAAGAAUGUGUGGACCUGCUAGAGGAGUGCCUGACGGAGCUGACCAAAACGAUAACGCUCAACGAAAUCUUGCUCUCCCAACCGAAGCGGUUUCUUCCCGUCUCGGCGAAAUUCGAGAUACACAAAGAUAUCGCCUCGUCCAUCAACGUGCACCGGACGUUGGUGCAUUUCUUCAAGAUACACAAACUGGUCGAGUCGAUCACGCUGCUGCUGGACCUGAACAUUACGCCGCCAUCGUUGUGCGAAAUCGUUUUCAACCUCAUUGCCUGCAUGCUCAAGAAUCUACCGAAACUCCGUUACCUGGCCGAUUGCAUUCCGUUCACCAAUGUGCUGCUAAAAUGGCUUUUCGCCUAUCAACCAGCCGGGGCCGGGAGUGGCACCGAAGGGGAAAGUACGCUGUCAUCCAAUCCCGACGUAUACCUACCGGCCGAUUCGAACCGUUCGCAGCUGCUCGGACUAGAGAUGGCCUACAAGCUGCAGGCACUUUACCAUCUCGACGCAAUGGGCAGCACCAAAAUGCUGUCGCUAAGGGGAUCCGGGUGUAAUUUGCUACAGAACGUCGACGAGCUAGCGCUCGAGCGCGACAUUGUGGUCGAAUCGUUGCAGUCACUGUACCAUCUGGCGUGCGGCAGCGGUAAGCGGUACGUCGUGGAAGUGCUACUUAUGGAGCAAAAUCUGGCGUUACUGUUGGAUCUGGUUGAAGUUGAAAAGCGCACCCUAAGCAAGGAAGAUUGUACCUCACCGAGCGUUAAGCACAAGUCGCCAAUUAUCAGCUACUGCAUCGACCUGCUGGAUAUCGUAGUGCGGUUUGCUGAAGCAGUUAGUUACCUAGCGCAGCACGGUGCUGCGCUGUUGAAUCUGGUGAAGCAGCAUGAGCAGUUUGAGCCGUCGGUCAGUGCAACGUUGCAGGAGCUUGCAGUGUAUCUGAAGCCGCUGGAACUGCACGAUUUGUUCUCCUACGUUGACAUCGCGCCUCUGGUAGAGCUGAUGAAGCGUAGUCUGGAGUACGUGACCUCAUUCCCUGGCGACCUGAUUACGGCGCUGCGGUUGGUACGGUUACUCGGCAUCCCGCCGUACGAUGAUUAUGACCAACCGAUGGGGCAUGCCGAGUUCAAGUUCAAGUACACACUACUGCAGUUCUACUCGACCGACGGUCAGGCCAUGCUGAUGUCGAUCCUUGAGAAGCUGAAUCACUAUUUCGACCAGCCGGCCAUCCACGCCUCGAGUCUCGCGAGUCACCAGGGUGUGCUGCUUACCCAGAUGCUGUCCCCGCUCGUCUACAUCCUGCGCAAGCUCGUCACCGACCUGAUCGAGUGCCGCAACACGGAGUUCCGCGAUCUGACGCUGAUCGAACCCUUGCUGCGUACGUACGCGCUGAUGCAGAGCGUGCCGACCACCGCCCCGGCUAGCGCGGACGCGCGCCAGGUGCAGAAGGAAAUUAUUCGCAUCCUGCUCGCGUACACGCAGCCGACGCCGGCGGAAGGGCUGGACACGAACAACAUCCACCGCAGCCUGUGGACGCAGAUGGUUGGCGAGCUGGUGCGCUUUACGCUCUCCGGGCCGAACUACUUCAUUCCGGGCUUGCUGGUGUUCUCCGAGCUGCUGCCCGUCCCGCUGCCCAUACAAUGCCGCCAGGUGCCGACGCAUGCGGAGAUCGGGAUGAUCAUCAAGGAGCGGCAGCUCUGGUCGGCCCAUCUGCAUCCGCAGAGUCUGGCGAUUGGCGAGCUGAUACAGACGAUUUGCACCUCCAGCUACACGCCGCUGCUGGUCAUCCUGAACCGGGUGUGCCUGCAGCUGUCCGACCUGGCGCCGAACAUGACGCUACUGAUCUCGAAGUCCAUCGCCGACCUGAUCGUGCACGAGCCGUUGCUGCCAGGCGGUCUCUCCAGCACCAGCCACGCGCGCCUGCUCAGCUUCCUGUCGUCGCUCGCCUGCCAUCCGUCGGUUAAGAUAUCCGUCCUCUCGAUACUGCCCGGGCGCAUCAUGGACAUGCUGAUGGGGGUGCUGCUCGAGCCGGGCCAGACGCCGGCCCACCAGCAAACGCAGGAGCACAUCUACCUCGUGUUUCAGAACCUGUUCGACAGCGAAAUCGCGCUCAUGUUCGGGCCGAGCAUCGAUCCGGCGCUGCAGUUGGCCUGCUCGCUGCCACCGAAGGACAUCAUCGAGCUGUUCUGUGCGACGUGCGCCGAAAACGUAUCGAACGUGGACAUCGGCGUUGGGGUGCUCAUGGCGGCCGUGCGCACAAUGAUACUGCUAACGGAGAACGAUACCACGUUCGUGUCGAUGCUGUCGAACCUGAUGCGCAAACGAGACGGUUGGUGCACGGUGCUGCGCAAAUUUGUUCGCAAAGCGAAGGACAAUCCGGAACAGUAUCGACCGCUGUUCGCGUUGCUGAGCGAGUUCUGGCGUUUGCUGGCGACGAUCGAGGAUAGCACCGAUGCAAGUGCGCUGAAGCGCACGGUGAAGCUGCCCAUUACGCAGCUCAAGCUACUGUUGCCGAUAGGGGAUGUCCGGCAGGAGGAAGGCGAUGAAGAUCUGCGCCCAGCACUUUUGCAUAUCGAAGACAUGCUAGUGCUGUUUAAAGCCGAUAAAACAUUAAAACAGCUGCUGCUGUCCCGGGAGGAGAAUACCAACGUUCGUGGAAUUAAUGAUAUCGAUAACGACGAACCCGUGGGGCGGUCCCCGAUGGCCGAUGAAUUGCCAUCGUUGGCAGCGGACAAUUUAGCGAGCAACCUAGCGUUUCUAUACGAGAAGCUUCUGGCAACGACGAACAAUCACGAUGCGGAAACGGAAUCAAAUUGUACUCCCGAUUGGAGUACGGUAGCGGUCGACCCGUUGCCUCAAGCGGAAGGCAUCGUCACCCAAUACGGUUCCCGGAACGUGUACGUGCUGAGCGAGGACUGUGACGAUCAGUUGAAGCUGAACUAUUGGUUAGGUUUCGCACCGUGCGAUGACGAUCUGCAGCGUGAGCAAAUUCCGUGCGAUUUACAGGACCUUGCGAAGAUGUGCCUGUCGGGAGAAACGAACCUUACCGCCGAUUGCAAGCGACUGCUGCAUCUGUCCGCAUCGCCGCACUCCAAUCGGGACCGGCUGACGACCGCACCGUGCUUCCGGACCCGUCGCGUCGAGGUCGAACCGAGCACUGGCCGGCCCGAGAAGAAAAUAUUUGCGACUCCCCUGCGUGGACGCGGAUUCUCGCGCGCUCCCACGACCCGCGGUGAUCUUUUCAGAUCGAGACCACCGAACACCUCCCGACCGCCCUCGCUGCACGUGGACGAUUUUCUUGCGCUCGAAACAUGCGGCGCCCAGCCGACUGGCCCGACCGGGUACAACAAGCUGUCGCGCGAUAUCAUCACGAUCCGUGGCUCGAAUCGCAGCCGGGGGCGAAACUACUCCGACCGCGGCCGGUCCGGCGUCGGUGGAGGCAAUGUUUCGUCGGUCGGGUCGGGCGCCGGCCACUGGCAGAAUGGUGCCGGCGGAUGUAGUGGCGGCAAUGGGGGCGGUGGUCUUGGAAGCAGCUCCGGCUGGUCCUCGUCGAACUCGUCGCAGAUGCAUGAGAGUGGCGGCAGUAGCCUAGGCGCGGCUGGCAAACAUUUUGGCCACGGUGGAACCGGAAACAAUAGCCACUAUCGCGAUACCAAUCACUUCGGUGGCUCUCAGCGAUCGCGCUCUGGACGUGGUUUUCGCUACAGCAGCAGAAUAUACACGAGGCAAAUGUAGGUAGUUAAGGUAUGUUUAGCUUUGCAUCCGCGGCGUGACGGGGAUAUGCGAUUUUUUGUUUUUGUGUAUAUUAACCCUUAAUCUCCUAAGACUUCAUCGCGAGAAUGAUCAGCAUCAGCCGGAAUUGAUAUCGAUAUGCCCGGAAUAUUGAUAUGAUAUAUAUUGAUUUAUGGUAUAUUGCACUCAGCUAAUUUCAAAAUAGGAUAAAUCUUCAAAUAUAUUUAACAACACUAACAUUAGCUUUACAAACUUUACCCACUUUAGCAAAUUUAUUUUUCAAAUAUCUCGAAAAACAAACAUUCGACCGGGUUUUCCGAACAAAAACAUACUUUUCUUUGCACCCAUUAAACAUAAGGGUAAACAAGUAUGAGAUUUUUCACGGGUGCUUUUCUUUCGGAAAAAAGAUGUGGUUAUAAUGAGAUGUAUGUUUGUAAAUGAGACAUUUGGUCUUUCACGUUUGUUUUUCUUUCCGUGCAAUUGAAUGUAACUUAAUGAACCAAAAUCACAUUUCCUAGAUUCCUUACGAAUUCAUCGAUUACAACUCAAAUGUGAAACCCUCUGUUUUUAGUAUAUACUACACGUAUUUUUGUAACUCAGCUGCAUUUAUACAAAUGCCGGCUUUUUAAUUUCGGUUUCGAGUAUCUUGAAAACGGUUGAAUAUUUUUUUGCAAACUAAACCAAAGCUUUAAUUAGGCCUAGUCUCAGUGCUCUAUCGGGCGAUUUUUAUCGCACGCAAGUGUUUCUGUUA